AUGGAGCAGGAGGAGGAGGAGGAGGAUAUAGACGUGGAAGAUCCCAACUGGCUGAUGCCGCUCAUGACUCUCAGAAUAGCCACAGAUGCCCCCUGCAUAGAUUGGCACUUCUGGAGCAGAGCCAGAAGUGCAGACUGCUCUAACAUUUUUGAAAGAAAUUCUAUGCUGGAGAAUCAGCCUCAGAAGCACUAUGGAAUAACAUCUCCAAUUAGCUUGACUCCUCCUAAGGAAAUAGAUUAUAUUUACACUCAGAAAUUAAUUGAAGCCAUGAAGCCAUUUGGAGUAUUUGAAGAUGAGGAAGAACUAAAUCACAGGCUGAUUGUUCUUGGUAAAUUGAAUAAAUUAGUCAAAGAAUGGAUUUCAGAACUCAGUGAGAGUAAGAACCUCCCACCUUCAGUUGUAGCAAAUGUUGGUGGGAAAAUAUUCACAUUUGGGUCCUAUAGGCUUGGAGUACACACCAAAGGUGCUGACAUAGAUGCUCUUUGUGUUGCUCCUAGACAUGUGGAAAGAUCAGAUUUCUUUCAGUCAUUCUUUGAAAAGCUAAAGGUUCAAGAUGGAAUCAGGAAUUUAAGAGCAAUAGAAGAUGCGUAUGUACCAGUUAUCAAGUUUGAAUUUGAUGGUAUUGAGAUUGAUCUUGUGUUUGCAAGGCUGGCUGUACAGACUAUUUCUGAUAACUUGGAUCUUCGAGAUGAUUCACGUCUAAGGAGCCUGGAUAUAAGAUGUAUACGAAGCUUAAAUGGUUGCAGAGUUACUGAUGAAAUUCUGCAUUUAGUGCCACACAAGGAGAACUUCAGACUAACACUUAGAGCAAUUAAACUGUGGGCAAAACGACGUGGUAUUUAUUCCAAUGUGCUGGGAUUUCUUGGUGGUGUUUCCUGGGCGAUGCUGGUAGCAAGAACAUGUCAGCUCUAUCCACAUGCAUUGGCAUCUACUCUAAUUCACAAAUUCUUCCUAAUUUUUUCAAAAUGGGAAUGGCCAAAUCCUGUGUUGCUCAAACAACCUGAAGAUAGCAAUCUAAAUUUGCCAGUCUGGGACCCUAGGGUAAACCCAUCUGACAGAUAUCAUCUAAUGCCCAUAAUCACGCCAGCCUAUCCACAGCAGAACUCUACGUAUAAUGUGUCUACUUCAACACGAGCAGUAAUGGUAGAGGAGUUCAAGCAAGGUCUUGCUGUCACAGAUGAAAUUCUCCAAGGAAAAUCAGACUGGCCAAAACUCCUUGAACCACCAAACUUUUUUCAAAAGUACAAGCAUUAUAUUGUGUUGACUGCUAGUGCCUCUACUGAAGAGCAUCAUUUAGAAUGGGUUGGUCUAGUUGAAUCUAAAAUUCGGGUACUUGUUGGGAACUUGGAAAGGAAUGAAUUUAUAAACCUUGCACACAUUAAUCCUCAGUCUUUCCCUGUCAACAAGGAACACUGCAAAGAGAGCAACUAUGUAUCAAUGUGGUUCCUUGGAAUAAUUUUUAGGAAAAUGGAAAAUGCAGAAAGUGUUAACAUUGACUUAACAUAUGAUAUACAAUCAUUCACAGAUACAGUUCAUAGGCAGGCAAAUAACAUCAAUAUGCUAAAAGAAGGCAUGAAGAUUGAAGCAACUCAUGUGAAGAAAAAGCAACUGCAUUAUUAUUUGCCUGCUGAAAUCUUACAGAAAAGAAAGAAGCAAAGCAUACCAGACAUUGGUCGAAACAUUAGUGGACUUCCAUCCAAAAGGGCUUCAGUGGAUGUAAGCUCUUUGGAUGGUUCCACGACCACAGACCCAGGAACACGAUAUAGCUCCCCUUCUUUGUUAAACAGGAUCUCUAAAUUGGACAACUCUCUGAUAGAAACAGAAAGGAACACUCUACUUCAGAGAACCAGUGCUGCUACCAGUAGAGAGAAGCCAUUGAAUGUCACUAUGCCAUCAGUGCCUGUUAAAGGACUGUCCAUUCCAGUUAUUGGUUCAAAGACAGAAAUUGCAGGUACAACAAAAGCAGUGCUACCUCCAACUGGAUGCACCAUACCUACAGUAGUAGGACGAAAUGUGAUUCCUCGACUUAUUACACCUCCUUCUGCACAGGGACAACAGCUCCUAAAUGGAAUUUCAACUAUAAACUCUAAAAAUGCUGCACCUAAAAGACCUCAUUCACCUUCCUCAGAAGAAUGCACUAAAAGACUUAAAGAUAUAGAAAAGGUCAUUUUCCUUAUAGCUAUCACCUCUGCUAGAAAAGUUGGCAAACUUGGAGCAGUGAUGGCAGAUUCUCCAUACACUAUAUUCCAUAAGGAUAAGGAUAGCCUUGGAGGAGGGGAAUCCAUGCCUAUUCCAACUAUUGACACAUCAAGAUCACAGAGACUUGCCAGUAAAGAACUACCAGAUUCAUCUUCUCCUGUUCCAACAAAUAACAUUCGUGUCAUUAAACAUUCCAUCAGAUUGACCCUUAAUCGGUAA